UGAUCCUGCAGUGUUAGCCUGGUGUGGUGACGGGCAGGGAGGAGUUCAGCACGCUCACUGUCCCAGCGGUAUACACACACAAACACGCACACGUACACACGGACGCAGCACCUCAGCAACACGUGCGAACAAGCUGAGCGUGUUGCGUAUUGUUGCUUUUCUGCGGCUUCAUAUUCUCAAUAGAAUCUUUAGAAUCGUUUUGAUCGCUCGUGUUUUAGCGUUUCGGGAAAACAUAUUAAUUUCCGCGGCUCGAAGGAUGCCUAGUUAACGUGACAAAAAGAAUGGUUCUGCACUCGUGGUGUUUCUAAUAGAUGCGUUCGCAGGUUAACCCUCAUCAUGGGUCUCAUAAACGUACAUGUAACUACCUGAAUUACGAAUGGUCGCCCUGUCAACACGAGAGUCGUCACAAGGGAUUACGUUGCAAGCUUGUGUUGAAAAAGGAGAGUGCGGGACCAGCAACUCUAGUGAGAAUUGAGAAAGAAAGAGUGAGAUACAAAACCUCCAAAUUAGUGCUUGCGCGACCAUGAUGCCCGAAGGUUCACCAGGGAGUCACGGGAGGUUCCAGGGCCUCCCGGCGGGGCAGUGGAGCGCCGACCCCGACACGGGCGUCGUGGCUCUGACGGAGGCGGCGCUGGCCAGGCUCCUCAACCCCGACCCCAUCGACAAGUGGUAUAUCCUCGACCCCGAACCUAUAGCCAGGGGACAGUUCGCCGUGGUGUACCACUGUCGACACAGAAUCACCGGGGAAGAGUUUGCCGCCAAGUUUUCGUCCAGAUGGCGCCUCGGAGCCGACUGCACCUCAGAUAUUGUCCAUGAGAUUGCCAUCUGCGUAAUGUUGAGGCCUACACCGAGGGCUGUACAACUACAAGAUGUUUUCAAGACUGACGCAGAAUUUGUCCUUGUCAUGGAAUAUGCAAGAUCAGCUACCUUUAGAAGUUUAAGGAAGCCCAGCUCCUUACUCCAAAGUCCGAAUUCCUCUUACCACGCGAAGGAGGCAAGCCACCGUAUCCUUCGCUAUCCUCCGUGGGACGCUAUCCCCCUCCUUUCACGCCGAGAAAACCCUAGACUCCGAGGCUGUUGCGCCCCUCUCCUUGCUCUUGGGUUACCAGUCUCCCCGGGAAAGAAACGGUACCUGACCUAUCCAAUGCGUGCUUAUUAA